AUGGGAUCCAAAGAGCAUUCUUCCUCUCAGUCCUCGCCCGCAUCCCUUUCGAAAGUGUCUCGGCAGCUAGUAGCACCUCCUUCGGCGAAGAAACCCUCACCUAGAGAUUCUGCUGUUGGAUUGCGGAAGUCUUCGGCUCCAGCGACCACUGGUGGUGCAUCUCUUGUGCCAAGCGAGAGUCACUCACGCUUUUCUGGGUUGUCUCCUUCAAAAUCAUUGAAGCUGCUCAGUCCCAGGAUCUCCCUAGCUACCGCCAAAACGUCUCCUUCUACUACACCGGGCACACCUAGCGGCUCGGGGCGGCAAUCUGCUUCCACACCCUCCCCAGCCCCGAGCUCAGCUGACGAUGAAGAAUUGUUGGCGGACGAAGAGAUGGUCCAAUAUAUAAAGCGACAGCAAGCCAGAAAGCUAGCGGCAGGAGCUAAGAAGGAGGAAUUGGAUGAAAUGUUGCGUUUUCCCGAACCCCUGCCCCCCGUUCCUCCGUCGUCCCCCACAUCUCUACUCAGAAGCAGUCAAGCAGCCUAUCUUUCCGAUUACGAAAAGCAGGAGAUUUUGGAGUUCCCCAAGAUUUACACCAUCGGAGCUCACAGUGAAAAGAACAGAGCGACCCCUGACAUCAGUGUCAACAACUAUGGAUAUGAUGAUGACAGAGGGGACUACACCGUUGUUCCUCAUGAUCACCUGGCUUACCGUUAUGAGAUUAUUGAGGUCCUUGGGAAGGGAUCGUUCGGACAGGUUUUGCACUGCCGCGAUCAUUGCACCGGACUGUCUGUCGCGAUCAAAAUAAUCAGAAACAAGAAACGCUUUCAUCAUCAGGCCUUAGUCGAAAUUAAGAUAUUGGAUAACCUUCGCAAAUGGGAUCCCGAGGAGAAGCAUCAUGUCAUCAAGAUGAACGAACAUUUUUACUUUCGAGACCACCUUUGCAUCGCCAUGGAGCUUCUCAGCAUUAAUCUGUACGAACUCAUUAAGGCCAAUGGUUUUGCCGGCUUUUCAACUGUCCUCAUUCGCCGGUUUACUGUCCAAAUGCUUUCUGCUCUCGCUUUGAUGAGACAUCAUCGUGUUGUUCACUGCGAUCUAAAACCAGAGAACGUCUUGUUGAUGCACCCGGCGAAAAGCAAAUUGAAAGUCAUUGAUUUUGGCAGCAGUUGCUUCGAACACGAGAAGGUCUACACCUAUAUCCAGAGUCGCUUCUAUCGAUCUCCAGAAGUGAUUCUUGGAAUGAAUUAUCACAUGGCUAUCGACAUGUGGAGUCUUGGCUGCAUUCUAGCUGAGCUUUACACCGGUUACCCCAUCUUCCCGGGCGAAAAUGAGCAGGAGCAGCUCUCUUGUAUCAUGGAAGUGCUGGGAGUUCCAGAUAAAGAUCUUAUUGCCCGUAGUUCCCGAAAAAAUUUGUUUUUCGAUCGUACAGGGGCACCACGCCCAGUUGUCAAUUCUCGGGGACGUCGGCGUCGCCCAGGCAGCAAGACGCUCGCGCAAGUAUUACGAUGUGACGAAGAACAUUUCAUCGACUUUAUCUCCAAAUGUUUGCACUGGGAUCCUGAGCGUCGCUUAAAGCCUCAGAAUGCCAUGAGACAUCCGUUCAUCACAGCCGGCCGUCGAAAACUUGUGGCGAGCGGCCUAACGUCAAGCACGUCUCGUACCUUACUCUCCUCUUCACGGUCAACCCGAACUGUCGCUGGGGAAACUCCAAGGCGACCCAUUAUCGGAGCACCAGUACCGCUCGCCGCCCGAGUCGCGUCAUCGAACAGAUCGGGCGCAGGAUCAUCUAUACCAUCAACGCCAACGGGUACCCCGGCCCAUCCCACUAUCCCAUCUAGCGCCUCAAUCACUCACAGAACACCAUACCGGUCGGUUCCUACGAGUGUCAGCAUUCCCCAUCAUUCGUCCCGUACAGUCCUGAAUGGUUAUAUUGUAAGCCCAAUGAUAUGA